AUGUAUUCUCAAUUAAACAACAAGGUCAUUCGUGACAGCUCUCCACCCGAGCUGGCACGGUACUUCCAAACGCAGCUCAGGAGUGCCAACUGGCGAACCAUUUCGAAUCAACUUAUCUCUUCAGUUGAAACCGGUGCUAUCCCCCCGGAUGUAUUUCAAGUCUGGCUAGCAGUCUGCAAAGAUGCAGAUGCUAUUGUAGCUGCUAUUCGCCAAACGGUUUCGAUUCUGGCACGUCAUGUCGCUAUCAGACGGUUUGGGAAAUGGUUACGUACGGAUGCCGGCUUUUCCGCCAUCUGGAAAGCAAUAGGCGAUGUUCGAGGCGUUGUUGAGUUGAUGUCAACAUUCAGCGUUCAUCAUAUCAGCACUCUAUGCGAGACUAUUUCCCUGUCCUGCAAAGCCACUGGAGCCUUAUCACCUCGGCAGAGUGCUAUUUCUAAGCUGUACAAUACGCUGUGCGGGAAUGGUGAAAUAUCCAACCCAGACACACGACCAUUAGAGCAUCUCUAUCGACAACUCAUCCCCGCUUGCAAUGUCGAAACCGCGCUGGCAUACACAAAGGACCGCGGCCCAGGACGAAGAGUCGCGGAUGCGCAUUCAGCGGCUUACGAGAUGAAAGCUAUGCAACAGCUCUUCCCCAGUAAAGGCGAGGCAAAGAAAAUCUCCGAUUGCACUUGUCUUUUGAACCGCGACCGCCGAUUUGCACUCAGCGUGUUGACACGCAUUACGACAGAUUCGAAAGCUCUACAAUUUAAUGGUGACGUGCUCGUCAAAGACCUCAUCAUUCCUUUGUUGAGACGUCUACACAAUGUUCAUAACCAUGAUGACACGAAUCGUGUCCUAAUUUUGACUUUACAGUGUGCACAGAAGGAGGCAAAUGUCGCCAAAGCUAUAGUGGUUGAUGCUAGAUUUGCUCCCGAGCAUAAAACCGUGAUUUUUUAUGCAACCCGACAUUGGAAGCGUUCCCCCGGCCGGCAAGAUGCUGAGAAGCUACUGAGUGGUCUCAUCGCCGUUGUGCCUGAGAGACAACUGGCUUCUCUCAAUAGUGUCGCCAGUUUAGCACAGACAGUCGAGCCUGUCCUGAGAUAUCCUCUUCUACGUCUGUUUUUGCUGAAUGCGAGAUGGUGGGGUAUAGAUAUCAGCGCCGAAACUAAAAGCGUUGAGACGAAACUCUCGGAAGAAACGGACGAGCGCUGGCCAGUCGAGUUCUUCCUGGAUCUUCACGCACCUGCGGCCUUGCGCCUAUUCAAGAUAAUUGCCAACGCUCGCCCAGACGGCAAUUUCAUUUCGACAACUUCACCACUCCUUGAAAGAAGAGUUAUUACAGCCUUAUCAAUCGGAGGUAACUCAGUAGAUCCUGAUAUCAUGGCAGCGUAUCUGGAAUCUCGGGUUGCGACGACUGUGGACGAGGAAUCAAAUUGGUUCAGCCGAGCAAAGAAGGGACUCUCCGAGAGGAAGAAUAAAGCAUCGAACUCACGAGAAUGGGAAGAACGUGCUGAUUGGGCGACGUCCGCCCUGAAGCUCGCCAUAGCCACGAGUUCGCUGGGGCUCUACGCCGAUACCCUCCUUUGGGCUCGGCGAUUCAAUCGUGACGCCCAGACCGUUGGGCGGCUGUACGUAUCACAACACAUCAGCACCGAAGAAGGGCUAGAUCUGUUGAGUGGAAUUCCAACGAACAAGCUCAAACAUAAACUACCGUCCCUGGAAGUGGCCAGAACGGCAGUUUCUAAGAGUAAUGAUAUCAUGUUCGAGCUUUUGGAAACAGCGGGCAUGUCAAUCAAGGAACCGUCAUUCGUUGAAAGGAACUGGGCUGCGGUCAAAACUUUCCCAGCGGAUGUUUUGUAUAGACGCCUAGAACGGACUCAAUUGAUGCAGGAAAAGUAUGGCUGGUCAGACGAUAGUGUGAUAAGCGCAAUCUGGGAGCCUACCAUAGAAUUUUUGGUCAAGAUGGAACAGUUCGGACUGUCACCAGAGAAUGAACGACUGCAUCUCAAUUCGGUUUCUGGUCCGCUUGAAGGUUGGGCAGCCGUCAAGCCAACAAAAUCUACAUGCUUCUUCUUAGACAGGUUGGCAGAAAGACGAAACGAGAUCUGGACGAAGGUCCGCCGUACUGCUUACCCGACCACCACGACCCUCCGACAGCCUUGGCCUACUGGCUUGCCCAUACAAAUAUUGUGCCCCAGGGUGGACUUGGCAACAUUUGGUCUUCACAAAAUGCCAUAUCUCCAACCCCGUUGUGAAGCUGUCGUUUUUUCCGACUCAUCACUCCUCAGCCCUCCGCCUGACGAUGAGGCUACUCGAGAAGCGAUUGGGGUUUUCGUCGACAGCUAUACAUACGCUCUUCGAAUCUAUCUAUUGAGCGCCGAGGAUAAGCAAGAGCGGGACCUUCGCCUGAACAAGGCUUGGGCGCACGCCACUACAACGCUUACUGGAACUCGAAUGAGUGCUGAAGAAGCCGUGGCUUUCUGGGUAGAGAAUGCGUUCUGUUCAAUCCAGUGCUGCCUAGGCCUCAAAGAUGGCCUUGAGCGUUUGGGGCUUGUGCCGGAACGAAAGCCUAUCAUGCCAGAACUGCCCGAACCAGAUGACGCUUCGCCUGUCGAGUGGAAUCCCUGGCCGAACUGGAUCAUGUCCGAAAACAAAUCCCGAGAUUUGCCCAAGACAACUAUUGAUUGUUUGCUUGUCCCCGGGCGGACGUACUUGCUUAAUUCGAAAAGAAUUUCUACGCCAUUGCGCCAUCGUGAAGUCAAAACACCUGGAAGACGUCACCCCCGUAUCUGGCAAAUUCCUGGGAGUUACGAAACACCCCUUCCAGGGGCAACACGAGACGCAUUGAUCACUGCCUGCAUUUCCUAUAUCAACACCAAAUAUGGCUCAGACUCUUCAUUGUUACUCAAACCAUUUCCCUCUGAGACGGAUAUACGGAUCCCUGCUUUGUAUCUGGAUACCGAGUUCCUCGAAGCACACGGGACUCCUAACGCUAACUGGCAAAUGGAGAUCUUGUCUCGCUUUUCGUCGCGAAUUCCUCUACCCACAAUUUCUCAACUUGCCAAAUCACUUCUGGGACGUCUGAACGGGAGCGACAAAGAAGACCCGAUUGUGCGCGAGGCGGCCAUGGCGAUUAUCAAACAACUUGUGCGUAGUGAUCGACCGGAAAUUGCGCGCCACUUGGUACAGUAUGUUGUACUUGACCGGCAAGACGACAGCUCGUGGCAUCGUCAUCUGGUCAAUAUCAGAUUUCUGAAGAGUUUAUCAGUUGAGCACGCGAAGGAGUUUAUUGCAGAUAUCUGUGCAGAAAUCCAACAGCGACAAGCCCAAUUUGCGGCAGACCAGGUUAAACGGAAGGCGGAAAGACAUGAGCGACGAAGCGAUCCAUCGGAUUCUGAACCACCUCCGAAGCAGGCAGAGGGUGAAUCGCAAUCCGCUACACUUAUGAUCAAGGUGAGCACGAUUAAGAUGAUCGCCCAGUUGCUUCGCGGUGCCGACUUUAUCGAUCAGAAAUUCGCUUGUGACAUUCUUGAGAAAUUGCUAAAUAGUUCCUCGCAUCCUGACGUUCAAUUUGCGAUAGUGGACGGUUUGGUAUCCUCACUGGUGCACUCAAAGAAGUCUUCUGUGCGCGAGCAUGUUUACGAAAUUCUGGAGAAAACGGUCAUUCCCAUCGUGUCAUCAAUCAAUGAGCGUCGCCCGCCAAAGGAGAAAGAGUGGCUCUCAGCCGAGACUGGGGUUGGCGACAUCCCUGAGAUCUAUGAAGGUAAUACCAUGGACACUUUGCCACCAAUCAUGUCGCUCCUGUGGAUGACUAGAGCACAAUGGAAGGAUGAUACUCCAGAGUAUCAAGAGUGGUUGACACGUGUUUUGAUCCCCAUCAUUGAGAGAUCUGCGGCGGAGAACGUACGAUGGGUUGCUCUAUUCGCCAAACGCCAUGAGUUCGAAAUGCCUGAGCAUUAUCUCCCCGCCCUGCCCGCCAAGCGGAAACUCCUCCUUGAUUACUGGAGCUCAGUCCCACAGGCACUUACCAAAGCUAAUUUCGAAACUCUCAAAUGUUACUUCAUGGUCAACUUUAAACCGCAUCACAAGCUUCGUGCCGCUAACGACGCUGUGAAAAAGGACGGGGACUUUCUCAGAUCAAAUGCAGGCAAACAUUGGCUUUAUCUUUGGGACAACCCGGAUUAUGCAGCGUUCAAUGAUUGCGGAAUCACCCCUAUUGUCAACUGCCUGCUCAGAAUGGACAACACCAGCCAGAAUGACCUUACGGUUACAGAAGUGCAAGACUUUAUUUCCUACAUUGUGGCCGACCUCACCGCCAAGGCCGAUGUUCGCUUUUUCAAUCGUCUCAUGACCUGCUUCGCCAAUACCACUCGCGACAACAAGGCAAGAUGGACCACAAACUGCCUGCCGCUCCUCGGACGUGUCAUUAGGGACAUCGACAGGUUGAGGACAGAAGCCUGGCAGCGCGAUCCACACCGGGCUCCAGCGAGACUACCCGAGACGUUCUCGAUCAAGCUGAAAAUCCUAGGCGACAAGCAUCGGGACCCAGGUGUUGGUGAUGUGCCCGCACAGACGGAGAUCAGUGAAUUCGUGACAGAUCUAUAUGCGAUGGUACAAGAUCUCGUAGCAGGUGAAGAGCCUUAUCACAUGGAAUGGCGUCGCGUUCUCAGCAAGGUUGAAACCAUGUUUGACCGCGAUAAUUAUCCUCGGGCUGCUGUAACAAUCGCAGAAGCUGCUGACGCACAAGUUCCCAAGUUGGCAGACUACCUGAUGAUGGAGCUUGCUGAGAAUCUGUUCGAACAACAAGCCACCACACAGGAAAAAGAAGUAGUGGAAAGGACAAAGGUGCUGUUGGAAGGAUGGAUCAAAAGCCCGGUGGAGCACGUUCGACUCGCGGGUGAAGAUACUUUGGAAUAUUUGAUAGACCAGGGGAAAGUGCAUAACGGGUGGUUCGGACAUAAUUCAUGA